CAUCUUUCAGCAUUAGAGGUGAUCACUUACUAGUGCAAUGGGUACCUCAAGCCACCACCCGGGGCUUUGGCCUCGAUUGCUUUCUGCUUUGGUUUUUUGCAUCAUAGCCUCUAUUGUGGCUGCCACACAUGAGCCUUACGUUUAUGCUUCUCCACCGCCACCGCAUCAUAAACACUUACCACCAUUGCCACCAAAGUAUGGAGGCAACCCUCCGUAUUACUACAAGUUGCCUCCUCCCCCACCAUCUUCUCCAUCAUUGCCUCCUCCCUAUGUUUAUAAAUCACCCCCACCACUGUCUUCAUCACCCCCUCCUCCGUAUGUUUACAAGUCUCCACCUCCUCCAUCUCUCUCUCCUCCACCCCCGUAUGUCUAUAAAUCACCACCACCACCACCUCCAUCUCCAUUACCCCCACCACCUUAUGUCUAUAAGUUACCUCCACCUUCUUCACCAUCUCCUCCACCACCGUACAUUUACAAAUCACCUCCCCCACCAUCGCCAUCGCCAUCGCCACCUCCUCCUUAUGCUUACAAAUCACCACCACCACCUUCUCCAUCAACCCCUCCUCCUUACAUUUACAAAUCCCCUCCUCCACCAUCUCCAGCACCUCUUCCAUAUGUUUAUAAGUCACCUCCACCUUCCUCACCAUCACUUCCUCCACCCUAUGUCUAUAAAUCGCCACCCCCUCCAUCACCAUCACCUCCACCUCCAUAUGUAUAUACAUCUCCACCACCUACUUACAUUUACAAAUCACCACCACCACCAUCUCCACCACCUCCUCCACCAUAUGUCUACAAGUCGCCACCACCACCACCACCAUCACCUCCUCCUCCAUAUGUCUAUAAAUCUCCACCACCACCCUCAUCGUCUCCUCCACCACCUUACAUUUAUAAAUCGCCUCCUCCACCAUAUGUUUACAAGCCACCUCCACUUCCUUCACCAUCAUCUCCUCCCCCUUAUGUCUAUAAAUCCCCACCACCACCCUCACCGUCUCCUCCACCUUCUUAUAUCUAUAAGUCACCACCACCACCAUCUCCAUCACCUCCACCUCCAUAUGUUUACAAAUCACCACCACCAACAUCACCAUCACCUCCACGUCCGUAUAUGUACAAAUCACCAGCACCCCCAUCUCGAUUCCCACAUCCUCCAUACUACUACAAGUCUCCUCCACGGCCUCCAACCCACUGGCCACAUCCACCAUACCUCCGUAAAUCACCUCCUCCAACAUCCAAUUCUUCCCCAAUCCCAUAUUAUUACAAAUCACCACCACCCCCAAAGGGCUAUUAAAUUUCAAUCAAACCCCUGAUCGAAUUAGUUUGAAUUGUUACAUGUAAUCACUUUCCUUGGAUGUUGUGUACGGUAUGGAUGUUUUCAGCAUAUUUUUUGUUUUUUGUUUUUAACGAGCAAGAGUCCUUAUGUGCAAUAAGGGUCUGAAACGUAAGAGAUCCUCUGUGAUCCAUAACAAUGAAGAACUAGUGUGUGAUGUAAGCGCGGAAUGUGCUCAAGUCCUGCAAGGAUCAAUUCUAUAUAAUGUUUCGAUCUCGUUGCCAUUU